AUGAGUGGAAAGCGUACCGCCCAAGAAUACAUCACUAAGGAGAACGGUUCGCAAUUCCUCGACGGCGCGUUCGACGACAAGCCGCGACAAGCAACCGCCGCUCAAAUGUCUGCUCGCAAGACCGCGACCCCACGAGGCCGGUUGAACCGCGCUGGCACUCCUCAGAGACGAUUUCCUCCUAGUGCGAACACAACUCCGUUCAAUCCAACACAGUCGUUUGGCAACGUCGGCAAUGGCGUCGCAUUCGGACAACAACAUACAGACACCUCGGCAACACCUGGUGGUUUCAACUUCACUGCCACUACCGAUAAUAAUCCCUUCGCCAAUAUUUCUUUCGCUCCGGUGAACGGAAACAACUCGUUCAAUGCUGGCAAUCAGAACAGCGAAUCCGAGAGAGAAGAAAAUCCGGGCGCUACAAAGCGAAGAAAUUCUGCCCAAGGCAACACCGAUCACGUAGCCAAGCCAAAAUGGAGUGGUUUCACGCCGCUGCCCUCGGCCAACAACAACACAUCACAAGGCUUCACAUUCGGUGCAAGUCAAUCACAAGCUCAGGCAGACCUGUCACAGAACUCGACCAACCCCUUCGGUGGCUUGUUCGGUGCUUCAUCAAGUGCAGCCCCCGCUGUGCAGUCGCCUGCUCCACCUGCUCAGAACUUCCCGUUCGGUCAGACCAAUCCGACAUCCUCCACGCCUUCAUUCGGUUUCGGCAACACCAAUGGCACUCAGCAGAGUUCGUCCAACAUGUUCGGACAGAGCAAUAAUAAUAGCACAUCGCAGAAUGCUGCACCACAGUCACCGGCUCCGUCUGGCUUCUCAUUCGGCGCUCCUGCUGCUACACCCCAACAGUCACAAGCUUCAGCCCCAAUCUUCUCCUUCGGCGCAACUGCUACAUCCACUCCACAACAGCCAGCAGGCGCUCCGGUAUUUAGUUUCGGAGGUGCAGCUGCGUCCACGCCACAACAAUCGACUCCUGCCCCUGUCUUCAGCUUCGGCGCCACGCCAGCAAAACCUGCAGCACCCCAACAAAGUACCUCAUUUACCUUCGGCCAGUCUGCCAGCGAGACGCCAGCGAAACCUGCAGCACCGCAGCAAACCACGUCGUUUACGUUCGGCCAGACUGCCGGUGACACACAACAGUCUUCACUCAAUGGCAAUGUAGCAUCGCCUACCACCACUGAGCCAAGCAAGCAAGUGUUCUCGUUUGGCAAUCAGCCAGAAACACCUAAGUCGUCGAAUCUUUUCGGUGCACCGCCUGCUUCAGAGCCAGCAAAACCGGUCUUCCAAUUUGGUGCAACUGCUCAAGCCCCUGCAGAACAAGCUGCUCCUAAAUCAUCGGUCUUCUUCGGCAACACCUCUCAGAAUAAUGCAGAGCAACCAAAGUUCUCCUUCGGUGCUCCUCAGAACAACGCCGUUUCGCAACCAGAGAAGAGCAGCACGCCUUUCGGCGGCUUCAAGUUUGGCCAAGCAAGCUCAACGCAGACAGAGCCCGCUCCAAGCGUGUUCUCUCCCACCACAAAUCCCACAACUACCAAGCCAGAGACGAGUACUAUUGCUGGUGACACCCCAGGACCAAAGUUCGCUUCACUUGAACAGAGCGAUACGGCCAAGACCAACAGUCCUCUUGUCUUCGGCAAUGGUGCGACGGCGGGUACAAGUGUCACUCAGACUCCGUCACUGUUCGGAACAUCGCUUGCAAGCCAAGUCUCUGCGCCAUCAGCGGGUGUACUGAGCAGCAAGCCUACACCAGGCCUAUUCGGUAGUCUUUACGGUGACUCGCCGGCUCCUUCGCCUAUGUCUAUGAGUAACCUGACUCCUCAGGCUGAGACAUCGGCUCAAGCUGCAGCAAAACCUCCAAUUUCUUCCGGCGGUCUCUUCACUCCAGCAGCCCCGAAGCCGACGACUGUGUCGUCCGAAGGCUCGCCACAAAAGACCACGACUCAGACUACUGCUGCUAACACCGCCCCGAAGAAAAGCCUAUUUGGCACACUAUCACAACCUGCACCUGCAGCCUUGACUCAGAAGUCUUCGGCUCAGACCAGUGCAGCCCCAAGUCGGUCUACAGAACCUGCUCCGACGCAGCGUCAAGUCUACACAAAAUCACCAAGCCGUGUGCCUCCAUUCUUGAACGGCGAGGGCUUCAAAGAAUAUGACAACAACUGGCGUCUACGAGCUCUCAACAGAGAGUUCAAGAGAAAGAUUGAAGAGUGGGAUGCCGAUCGGUUCGAUAUUGAGAAUCUCAUCAAGCACUACGUGUCCGCUCGCGCUGCCGUCGGUGGUGAUGUCGGCCUGUAUCAGCGAGCCGUGGCUGGUUCGAAGCGCAAGAAUGAUGAACCAGAAGACGAAGACGUUCCUCCACAGUACAAGAAGGCACGAUUCGCCGAUGUGCCCGAAGACCAACCUGCGCCUGCAGCGUCGACCGGCACGUCAGGUGCUUCAGCAUCUGCUGGUCCAUCGGCCCCCUCAGCAUUUACUGGUCCAUCGGCUCCUUCAGCAUUCGCCGGUCCAUCCAUGCAGAGAGCUAGUGCACCAGCUGCGACUCCUGUUGCGCCCAAACCUGUCAGUCCGGCCAAGGCUACUUCAAUGUUCAGCAAUAUGAUCCCAGCUUCAUCCACCAAGGCUAUAGAGGAGCCGGAUCCAUCUAAGCCGAAAAAUCCAUUCGCAUCAGUGCCGCGCAUGCCUGAGACCGACACAGCAGCGUUUCCUUCAGCGUUGACAGCAUUCGCUGGUCAGACUCCUAAGAAGCCGAUGUCAAACUUCUUCGGACAAUCGUCGACUUCUACAUCGAAUGUCUUUGGACAAUCGUCGGCGACUCCAUCAGUUUUCUUCGGCAAAUCCUCUAGCUCCACAACCCCACAGAAGUCCCCUCCAAAGAACAGCUUGUUUGGCUCGCUGGGCAACAGCGCAUCGGUAUCAGAAAAGCCGAAGAAUAACAAGCGCAAGUCUAUGUCCGAUGACGAAGACGAAGAAGAAGUCGUCAGUGAAGACGAAAGCCCCAGAAAGCGCAACAAGAGCGGUCUUCAGAAUGGCCCUGUUUUCUCCACUACUCCAGCCAGCACCAAGAAGACAUCCAUAAAGUUUCGUGGUCCGUUCGAACAAGACUCGGACGAAGACGAGCCCGAGAACCAGACCGGCGAAGAUAGUGACUUUGCACCGAAUGCCGAGGAGUCUGAUAGUAACGAUUCAGAGAGCGACGAGGGCGGCAGUGACAGCGAGGAGGCUGUCAACACUGCUCAACAAGAAGAGAGUGAGACCUCACGAGCUUCAGACGAAGAUCAUUCACAGGAGAUUCAGAACAACCCCAACAAAGGCAAGUCGCUGUUCGAUAGAAUCGAGAAACCAGCAGGCAAGCCUGAAGAAGCUACGUCUGCCACUCAACCAGCAACAACCACGCCAGGCAUAAAGUGGUCAGCACCCAAGUCGUCCGGUCUGACUCCAGAGGCUCCAGAGUUUUCCCCGAUCACACCAGGAACUAUUCGAUCUCCAUACAAGCCUGCUACUACCUUCAACUUCACACCCACACCCGCCACAAAGGCACCGGCUGAGCCGGGCGCUUCUGUCUUGCAAGGCGGUAGCGCGAGCUCAUCAUUCACGAAGUUUGAAGGCAUGUUCGGUUCACGCCCCAGCACGCCUGAACCAGAGAAAGUGGCCAAGCCAGCCGAAGCUCCUACUUCUACUCCUGCAGCUGGUGACCAGACAUGGAAGCAAGGCUCACCGAUCAAGUUCAACGCUGAAGUGAUCCCGCCGUCGCCACAGCCUUAUACUCCUGUUACUCCAGCUCUCUUUGGCAGACUUGCUGGUACACAGACUACAGGAGGUGAAGGCUCGAACACCAACUCUUUGGGCUUCGGCUUCGGCAAACAUCUCGCCCCUACCUCCGGUAUCAGCUCUGGCAUCUCGUCGCGAGCCACUAGUCCCGGCCUGACCGACAAUGAGUCCGUUGCUGAUACCAAUACUGAUAAUGAGGCUGCUGACGCUGCACCCGCCGACCCGCAGCAGAACCUCAUGGAGUCGCGUCCUGGCGAGGAGAACGACAAUGUCUUGUUCGAGGUCCGAGCCAAAGCCCUCCUGAUGACCCCCAACGAAGCCCGCGCCAAAGAACUCAAGCUCAAGCCCAACGUCUGGGAGUCCAUCGCCAUGGGCAACUUCCGCGUCCUGCAGGACAAGACCUCGAAGCGUGUACGCGUCGUUCUGCGCGCUGAACCAAGCUCCAACGUGGCUAUCAACAGCUACCUGCACCGUGACAUCGAGUACAAGACUCGCGAUCAGGGCUCCAAGAGCGGUUCUGGUGCCGUUGCCGGCCGAUUUGACUACAAGGGUGGUCUUGAGAACAUCGUCUUGAAGGUUCGCAGUCCGGAGUUGGCACAGCAGAUAGCGGAUCUGUUGGAAAAGCACAAAUAA